AUGUAUUUUUGGAGCCACAUAUUAGCUGAGGGCAACUACAUGAUAGCGGCACGCUGUCACAAACACGACACUCCCUUGGCUGCGGCCGACUUGAUCGACUUCUGGUGGCAGCAUAAUAAGGACGGUGCGAAGCCCCGACCUCUUCGGAUCGUUUCAUAUGGCGGGGGGUUGGCAGUGGAGUUCGAGAAGGAGAGCGACAUGGAGGCGUGCGAGGGCUGGAAGGUCCCGACCGCCAAUGGGCAUUACCUUACAGUGCGCAAGUACGCACCUCCAUUGCAUACGACAUUCGCCAUUCUCCGCGGCGCCACGGUCGAGUUAGAACACCUCAUGUCGGCACUCAUCUCGGCGUUCCCAAAGGAUGACUUCACCCUGUUCCAGCAGGUCAAACUAGCCUGCCUACUCGACACAUUCUACAUCGUCUUCAAGAACCCGCCCACCAGAAUCGUCUCGCGGCUGGAUUUCUCCGAAUACAAGGAUAGUUACCCUGAAUACAAGGGUUUGGAGCGUUUCGAGGGUUUCGAGGGCAUCCUUUGGUAUUCCGAUGUUCAACCCGAGGGUACUUGUUCUGCAUGCGGGUCCGAGUCGGGUCACUCGGUGGAGGCUCCCUGCACGAACUGGCUCUUGGUUGGAAAGUCGACACAUGCAACUGACAAGGAAGAGGCGAGGGAGAAGGCUCAGCAGAAGGCUCAGCAGAAGGCAAAGAAGGCAAAGAAGGCAAAGAAGGCCAAGAAGGUCAAGACAGGGAAGAAGUGA